AUGGACCAAUGCAAUGAGACACAGAUUUCAGACUUUAUUCUUCUGGGCUUGUCAAAUGACCCAAGCCUGCAGCCUGUCCUGUUCGGAGUUUUUCUCUUCAUGUAUCUGGUCGCUGUCCUGGGGAACCUGCUCAUCAUUCUGGCUGUUGUCUCCGACCGUCACCUUCAAACCCCCAUGUACUUCUUCCUCACCAACCUGUCUGCCGUGGAUAUUGGCUUUGUCUCCUCCAUCGUCCCAAAGAUGCUGCAGAACAUUCAUACCCAGAGCAGGCUCAUCCCCUACGCCUGCUGUGUCACCCAGAUCUAUUUUGUCAUACUCUUUGCCGUGCUGGACAACCUUCUUCUGACCGUGAUGGCCUAUGACCGCUUCGUGGCCAUUUGCCACCCCCUACACUACACGGUCAUCAUGAACCCCCUACGCUGUGGACUAUUAGUCACAGUAUCCUGGCUGAUAAGUGCCCUGGACUCCCUGACGCAAAUCUUAAUGCUGCUGCGGGUGUCGUUCUGCCCACGCGUGGAGAUCCCACACUUCUUCUGCGAACUCAAUCAGAUGCUCCAACUUGCCUGCUCUGACAUCUUUCUUAAUAACGUGGUGAUGUAUAUGGCAGCUUUAAUUCUAGGCGUUGGCCCCUUUGCCGGGAUCCUCUUCUCUUACUCGAAGAUUGUUUCCACCGUCCGGAAAAUCCCGUCGGCUCAGGGCAAGUAUAAGGCUUUUUCCACCUGUGUGUCUCACCUCUCCGUGGUCUCCCUGUUUUACUGUACGGUCCUCGGAGUGUAUCUCAGCUCUGCAGCCACCCACAGCUCCCACUCAACUUCAACGGCCUCGGUGAUGUACACGGUGGUCACCCCCAUGCUGAACCCCUUCAUCUACAGCCUCAGGAACAAGGACAUCAAGAAGGCCCUGAAAUCUUUCUUUGUAAAAAAGCUACACAAAGGACAGUUGACUCAGGGAUGA